GCAUCCUAGCGCGAGGAGCAUCAGUCACUGCGCACGGCACUGAGCGAGCAGAGAGGAGCAGCGACACCAGCCAGCGGACAUAUGAAGGCUUUUCUACCCCGGAUCAGCGGCUUGUUUUCGGUGUUUUCCUCUCGUCGUUGUCGCUUCUCUAUGGAUGUGAAAUAAAAGCGGGCCGGUAGUCAGUCGGUGUCCUCUCUCCAUCUCUCUCCAUCUCUCUCUCCGCUCUUCUCCCCGCUCCGUCAGGACCGCAUCCUGCCUCAAAAUCCACAAAAUGGCGGACAUCAUCGAGCUGGGACCCGCCUACGUCAUGUCUCCGGUCCUGGCGGGCUUCCUGGGAGCCGGUGUCCUGGUUCUGGUCGUGGUGGUUCUGGUUUUGCUCUGGUCCUUCUGUCAGCGCCGCUACCUGCGCAGCGCCGGACGCUACAAGCUGCACGGCGACCGCUACUGCGACACCGAAGACCCCCCCUACAAGUUCAUCCACAUGCUGAAGGGCAUCAGCAUUUACCCAGAAUCCCUCAGCGGCAGCAAGAGGAUAGUGCGCGGCAUCCGGCGCGCGGACCGCUCCGACCGCUCGGACGGGGAGCGAGGCUGCUUGGCCGCUGGCGCCGCAGGAAGAGGCAUGGUUCUGGUCGACGCUGAGAACAACAUCCUGGACGUCCCGGGGCAGCUGCAGAUGAGUCACCUGGUCCCGCCGGCCGGGCCCGUCGCCGCGAACGGCCAGGGCCGCGUAGAGCGCGUGCUGCCCGUCCGCGCCGACUACUGCUGCCUGGACAGCAGCUCCGCCAGCAGCAGCCAGACCAGCAGCAAGACGGCGUCCCCGUUCACGCCAGCGUCCUCCGAGCCCGAGCCCGAGCCAAGCCUGGGCGCCAUCAGCCUCACCGUCGACUACAACUUCCCCAAGAAGGCGCUGGUGGUGACCAUCGUCGGGGCGCGCAGCCUCCCGGCCGUGGACGAACAGGCGGGCAGCUCGGACCCGUACGUGAAGAUGACCAUCCUGCCGGAGAAGAAGCACCGCGUGAAGACACGCGUGCUGAGGAAGACGCUGGACCCGCUGUUCGACGAGACCUUCACCUUCUACGGCGUGGCGUACAGCUCGCUGCCCGAGCUCACGCUGCACUUCCUGGUGCUCAGCUUCGACCGCUUCGCCCGCGACGACGUCAUCGGCGAGGCCUUGGUGCCGCUGAAGGGCGUGGACCCGAGCACGGGCCGGGUCCACCUGAGCCAGCAGAUCACCAAGAGGAACAUGCAGUGUGAGAGUCGCGGGGAGCUGCUGGCGUCUCUGUCCUACCAGCCGGUGUCUCACCGUCUCAGCGUGGUCGUCCUGAAGGCUCGACACCUCCCCAAGAUGGACAUCACCGGCCUGUCAGCAAAUCCGUACGUGAAGGUGAACGUCUUCUACGGACGCAAACGCAUCGCCAAGAAGAAGACGCACGUGAAGAAGUGCACGCUGAACCCGGUCUUCAACGAGUCCUUCAUCUACGACAUCCCGCCCGAGCUGCUGCCCGAGAUCUCUGUGGAGUUCCUGGUGGUUGACUUCGACCGGACCACCAAGAACGAGGUGCUAGGCCGCCUGCUGCUAGGCCUGCACAGCCCCGCCCCCUCUGGCGCCUCCCACUGGCGGGAGGUCUGCGAAAACCCCCGCCGGCAGAUCUCCAAAUGGCACAACCUGAGCGAGUACUGAGGGAGGAACCUCCGAAAUCCAGCCGACACACACCACCGCCACGCGGCUGGGACUCUACCAGCCAACACUGCUGGGAAACAAAGACACACACACAGACACACACACACACACACACACACACACACACACACACACACACACACACACACACACA